UCCCGGCAGCAGAGUGUACAAUGUGCUGCCAGAGAAUCAGCAGCAAGCAGGGCACACGCAGCAGAGAGACAGAGAGAGAGGGAGAAAGAGACAGGGAGAGUGUGAGUAGGAUUUCUGCGCUUUAUGACCAAAACCUCACAAUACCUCCCACUCUAGCUAUUCCUUCCUUUCUCCUCUGUGCUCUGAGACAGAGAAACCUCCUCUGGUUGUCUCCAUUUCUUGCUCCAGGCCAGUGCUGACUACUACUGAGGAAAAGAUAGCUGAGGCAGAGGCAGUUCCAGGAAGAUCUGCUGCCUGGUCUGCACCUCCAGCCUCCACCUCCUGCCGAAGGCCGGGUUAGUCCGACAGGAUGGGCUGCACCACUGGCAAACUGGCCUGCCAGCCUCCACCCCAGCCCCCAGGAGCCCCGGCCCCUGGACAAGACAAUCAGGCCCUGAGCCAGCUGGAAGCCCAUGGGCCCAAAGUCCCGGAGGUCCUAUCCAGUCUGGAGCGCCUUUCCCAAGCCACGGGCGGCAUGGAGAAGUCCUGGUAUCGCUGCAUCUUCCCCUUUGGCAUCAUCUCGUUGGUGAUCGGUGUGUCGGGCACGGCUGUUACUUACACAUACAAUGACCUGCCCCUGACCAAAGUGGUGACGGUAGUGUUGCUUAUAGCCGGCCUGGUGCUGACACUGACCGCCGCCGCCUGCUGGACGGUCCACAAGAGAAAGAAGAGGAAAAAGAAAGAGAGGGCCUCAGGAGCUGGAGGAGGGAGCUCCUUUACCUCAGAGCAGUGCCCCUUGUGAGGAACACCUGGAGCCUGGGAUAUUCUGACCACACAGGGACAUGAGAGAGGAGAGAAGCCCCAGGAAUGGAGCACCGCCGGGGGGGUGGGCUAGCCACCACCACCAGCCCUCCCUAGUCUUUAUGGAGCCUGGCUGCUCUUGGCUCAGCUCAUAGCUCGGGAAGAGGUGUGGAGAGGAGGAGGACAAGGACUCAGGAAGAGG